AGCGAAGGAGUGUAUGAACGCAAACCGUUUCCACCAUACCCUGCUAUAGGAUGGGGUCCAGGCCGCGUUGCUAAAGAAAUGGGAUUGGUUCCCCUCAGUCAUUUAUCCGGUGAGGUAGACAUGGAUGAUUAUGGAAAAGCGGAAAUUAAAUUUCGGAUUUCCGACACUACGAGAAUGGGUGAACUGUUCUUCGCAGCAAUGGUAUUUACUGGCGGGGAAACAAUGGAAGAACGUCCAGAUUAUUGCGUUCAUCUAGUUGAAAACGGUGACAUCAUAUUUAACGUCAUGACACCGGAAAAAGGAGAAUUUGUUAUUAAACUGACUGUUAAAGAUAGCCCUGAUGGUAAUCUUCAAGAAUUUUGUGACUUUUUACUUAUAUCUAAUCAAAAAGAUGAAAAUGGGAGGUUCCCAAAAGGAUUUCAAGAAAGAACAGAGAAUAAUGUAAAAUCGGACCUUACGUUCAAGCAAGAAGCGCAAACAUUUGAAAUAAUAGAUGAGACAACUGAUGAAAGUAUGAACAAAGCGGAUACUGAAGAGCCGAUUGAAGAGUCAGAGAAAUUGAAUGAUGUGCUACGUAGACGCAUGUGCCAAUCGAUAGAAGAAAAUAGUCCGAAAGAAUUAAGUUCGGUUAUAAAGGAUAUGAAGGCACUAGAAGAGCCGUCAAUUCAACCGGACAUCAUAUACGGAGAGGAAUCGCUGCAAUUGCUUGAGUUAAAGAAAGAGUUACUAGAAAGAAUUCGUGAUAGAGACAUAAAACUGAUCGAAGCAACACUGAAGAAGGUCAAGAUCGUUGGUUUGGAGAACAAACUUGAAAAAGAGGUUACUAUAGCAAGGAAUCUACUCCAAAGUUGCACUGCUAACUUUAAGUUGAAAAGCCAAUCGGCUUCCUCAAAUAAACUUCUGUUUAUAGAUUUAAGAAGCUCCAGUGGUUACUACACGCGGUACUAG